AUGUUGUCUUGUAACGAAUUCCGGAUAGACAACACGGACCACAUAAUCGACGUGAACAAAGGAAACCAGCCUUUCGAAUACGACCAAGUGAACAUCGUGUGUCCCGUAUACGCACCGGGCACGCACGAGUCGGAUGCCGAAAAGUAUAUCAUUUACAACGUGUCCAAGGAGGAAUACGAUAUGUGCCGAAUCACUAAUCCCAAUCCGAGGAUCAUAGCGUACUGCGACAAGCCGUACAAACUUAUGUACGUCACCAUAACGUUCCGGUCGUUCACGCCUCAGCCCGGAGGACUCGAAUUUCAGCCGGGACAAGACUACUAUUUCAUUUCCACUUCGUCCAAAGACGACAUCCACCGCAGAAUUGGCGGCCGCUGCUCCACAAACAACAUGAAAGUCGUGUUCAAGGUGUGCUGCAGACCAGAAGACCAACAGAACAACCAGAACUUAGCUCCUCGACCAACGCAGAACGCCGGAAACCCUCAGCGGCUACCAUUCCCGGGCAGCACGCACGGAUAUCCGGCCCGACCGCCGUCAGUGUACGCGUCGUCCACACAACAGCCAUCGUUGGCCGGCAAGCAACCUCCGUUCGGCGCCACCGGACCGUCCGUGAACAACAACAAGCCGUCACACAAAAAAUCAUCCGAAUACGACAAGCAUCCCAACGAAGUGGUCAAGAACGAAGAGCUCACGUACAACGGUGCCGGUGCGAUUGCCGCCAGCAUGUCUGCAAAGGCGUUGGCUAUUCUAGUCCUCGUGGCCAUCGCCGCAGUCGAUCGGUUGAUUUUAUAUCGAUAG